AUGGGAUUACUAACUAUUCUGAGGAAACAGAGAGAAAAGGAAAGGGAAAUGAGAAUAUUAGUGCUUGGACUUGAUAAUGCUGGUAAAACCACUAUUGUUAAAAAAUUUCUUGGAGAGGAUUUGUCUACUAUCGAGCCUACUUUAGGCUUUAAUAUCAAAACGGUGGACUUUCGAGGCUUCACCUUGAAUUUGUGGGAUGUCGGAGGUCAGAAAAGUUUGCGCUCCUAUUGGAGAAACUACUUUGAGCAAACUGAUGCUCUUAUCUGGGUUGUAGACUCUGGUGACCGAGAACGGUUAGUAUCGUGUGCGACAGAGCUGAAACAUUUGUUGACCGAAGAAAGACUUUUCGGCGCUUCACUCCUUGUGUUAGCUAAUAAACAAGAUCUCCCAAAUGCGAUCCGAGUGUCUGAUAUAGCAAAACUUUUGGAUUUGGAUUCCAUCUCGACCCAUCAUUGGCAGAUCUACAGUUGUAGUGCUAUGACAGGCCAAAAUUUAUUAGAAGGGGUGACUUGGUUGUGUAAUGAUGUCGCUAGUAGAGUGUUCACGCUCGAAUAA